AUGAAGAUCAUUUGGGGUCUCCUUCUGCUCUGUACAGUGGCCCAUUUCUGCAGCAGUGCAGAAACUGGCGGUCUAUCUAAAACAGCGGUGGACUGCAGCAUUUAUAAGAAGUACCCAGUGGUGGCCAUCCCCUGCCCUAUCACCUACCUGCCUGUUUGUGGUUCUGAUUACAUCACCUAUGGGAAUGAAUGCCACCUGUGUACCAAGAGCUUGAAAAGUAAUGGAAAAAUUCAGUUUCUUCAUGAAGGAAAAUGCUAA